AUGAAUAUGGAUCGAAGUUGGAUGAAUCAUAAUGGUGUAAAGGAUAGACAAAAAAAGGAGUACAUAGCGGGUGUUAAUGAAUUUCUACGGUUUGCUUUUAGGGGAAUAAGUGGCGAAACAAUGUUGAAAUGUCCUUGUGUUAACUGUAGAUUGGUUAUGUCACAAACUCGUAAAAACAUGCUAUGUCACUUGCUAGUAUAUGGCAUUGAUCGUAGUUACAACCCAUGGUUGAGUCACGGAGAAAGUGUAGAGCAAAUUGAUAAAAAUAAAGAUCAAGGGUAUGUAGCAGAGGUUUCAGAUAAUGAGAGUGAGGAUCGUCCUUUUGAUGACAUGGCUCCAUUUGUUUUCGAUGCAACAAGCGCGUGGAAUUCUAUAAACUCUACAUCAAUCAAUGAAAAUGAAAGAACCACAUAUAUAGGAUCAAGUAGUGGCACUAGUGAAACUCCUAUGUUGCUCCAAAAAUUAGUGGAGGAUAUGGAGGCUGACUUGUAUCCAGGAUGUAAAAAAUUUAAGAUAUUGGAGUUUAUUAUGUCAUUGUUGCACAUUAAAGUUAGCAACAAGUGGAGUGAUAAGUCUUUUUCAAUGUUAUUGAAUGCAUUGCAUAGGGCGUUUAAUUAUGAUAACAAUUUGCCUUCAAGCUCUUAUGACGCAAAAAAAUAUACUAAAGCGCUAGGGUUAGAUUAUGUUAAGAUUGAUGCAUGCGUCAACCAUUGUGUUUUAUUUAGAAAGGAGUUUGCAAAUGAAGUUAAAUGUCCUAAGUGUUCAGCACCUCGAUGGAAGCAGGAUAUUUCUCAAGAUGAUGAGAAUUCAGACGAUGAAGAUGAGGGUGUCCAUAGAAAAACACGAGUACCUCAAUUAGUCUUGCGCCAUUUUCCACUUAUUCCAAGGCUCCAAAGGAUGUUCAUGUGCUCCAAGCUCGCAAUGCACAUGCGGUGGCAUAAUAAAGGACAUGCUGGUGAUGAUGACGACAAUAUUAUGAGACACCCAAGAGAUUCAAAAUCGUGGAAGUCUUUAGAUGAGCUAUAUCCCGAAUUUGCUGCAGAUGCACGUAAUGUACGCUUGGCUUUAGCUAGUGAUGGGUUCAAUCCCGGAGCGAACAUGAGUAGUAGAUAUAGCAUAUGGCCUGUUAUGUUAGUACCUUAUAAUUUACCUCCUUGGAUGUGCAUGAAAAGUGACAACAUGAUGUUGUCAUUAUUAAUUUCCGGCCCUAAAUCUCCUGGUAAUGACAUAGAUGUUUUUUUGCAACCUUUGAUAGAUGAGUUGAAGGAAUUAUGGGAGAGUGGGGUACAAACCUUUGAUGCCCAUAGUAAGGAGACAUUUAAUAUGCGAGCAGUGUUAAUGUGGACAAUUAGUGAUUUCCCAGCAUAUGCCAAUUUGUCUGGCUGGAGCACUAAAGGGGCGAAGGCUUGCCCUAAUUGCCACAAAGACACAAAUUCCGAAUGGUUGAAACAUGGCCACAAAUGGUGUUAUAUGUGUCAUCGUGUUUUUUUUAGAACCAGAUCAUAA